AUGUAUGCAACUACAAAGGCUGGUGUGGUAGGACUAGUGAGAUCACUCGCCCGCCGCCUGGCAGCGGACAAGAUCCGAAUUAAUGCACUAGCUCCAGCUGUUAUUGAGACGAACAUAGCCCCAAGUGCUGACCUUUUCAAGUCCAUGACCCUCACUCCAAUGUCAACAGCAACUUCCGCAGUAGCAAAAUUCGCAACCGACGACAUGCUGACAGGCAAGGUUGCAGAAUUGCAUGGCCAGAAUAUCACAUUUGCAGAACCACCAGCCUAUGUGGACGAGGAUACCAAAAAGAACAUUGAAAAUUUCUGGAACCUUGGAUAUGCAUGA